AUGACAUGCAAAUUGUUCGUAAGUAAUUUUCCCGAAAGCUAUUCGGAAGAGAGCAUAGGCUUAAUUUUUAGUCCUUUUGGAGAGAUCAAAUCCAUUAAGAUUCUUCGCGAGCCUAGACUGUUUUCAAUUGUUGAGUUCCAGGAACUUCAGGAUGCCAAGGCCGCGAUCGAUUCUUUAAAUGGAAGAAAGCUUCAUUCACAAGGUUUGUUAUUGCAUGUGGAGAUGGCUUUUGAAAGAAGAAAGAGGGUGGUGGUAUCUGGAAUUCCCCCAGAUUCAUCUAAAGAAGAACUUCAGAGAUUUUUUGAAUAUUAUGGAUCUGUGGAAAAUAUCACACAUUCAGAUGCCAUGCGAACAGUCUUUAUUGACUUUUCAUCGCAUGAGGAUGCCGAAAGCUUUCUUGAGCUUAACCAAAAGAUAAGUUUUGGAAAGGAAAGAGACAAACUCAGCAUCAAACCCUUUACUAAGAAAGAGUGCAAAGAUAAUACUUCCAGUCCAGAAAGAAGUCUUUUUAUAUACAAUCUCCCUGCAAAAAUAACUAAAACGGACCUCGACGGUCUGUUUGCGAGGUUUGGAGAAGUGAAAUCUCUAGGAGUGUUAAGCGGAGGAAAAGCAUUUGUCAACUAUGAAAGAGAGCUGUCUGCCUUAAAAGCUAUUCGUCACAUGGAUGGCAAGAAUGUAGGGGGAAAAAAGAUCAGGAUAAUCCUUAAGUCCAUGAAGAAAGGCCUUUUUAGAGGACCUAUCUAG